AAGUCAAAAUUACGAACAAGCUGCUCCUCUGAAAUCCUGAAGGACUGAAGAAUUAGGGGUGUUUUCCUGCCACCUAUCUCUUGAGCUGUUUUUUAGAUAUGAAUGAUGGCGAAUCAGAAAUGUCGUAUUCUAUUACACGUCCGCCCCAGCCGCGCGGAUUGGAUCAGGUUGGAUCAAUGACAGAAUCGAUGCAUAGCCCAGGAGUAAGCCUGCUGCCAGAUGAUUCGCCUGAUCCAGAAUUUGUCCCAUCGAAACCGGACCCGCGGUACUACUGUACAAUAUGUAGAAGGGUGUUGAGGAGUCCUGUGCAGACAUUCUGUGGUCAUCGAUUUUGUCAGAGUUGCUUAGUGUCAAAGUUGGAAGAAGUGGAUCAAUUAAGAUGUCCGAUUGGCGAGGAAGACUGUGAGGUGCUGACCAUCAGGACUUCAGAUGUCGGUGGAAGACAUUUCAGUGAUGACUUUUCCAUGAGACGAGAUGUUUCCAACCUUGAGGUGAAAUGCCUUAACCAGAAGAAUGGCUGCAAGGAGCAGAUGAAGUAUAAAGAUUUAGCGACCCACAUGGAAUCUUGUAGGUAUACGCAAGUUCCCUGUCGUCAUAGACAUCUUGGAUGCCAGGUGAUCCUACCAAAAGCAGACUUGGAGAGGCAUGUCCAGCAGUGUGAAUACCGGCCGGAGCGAUGCCAAUAUUGUAAUGCAGACAUUGCAAGGAAAAAAAUGCAGCAUCAUGUUGAUGUAGAAUGUCCAAACAGAAGUCGCCCAUGUCGCUUUUGUGGUCAGGGUCCAUUCUCAGCAGAUGAGAUGCAAAGACAUUUUGUGCAGGAAUGCCCAAAUCGACCCAAGCCUUGUCCUUUUGAGCCUUUAGGAUGCGCUACAACUGUGCCGGAUGAGAGUAUGACUAAACAUGAGCAAGAUGGUGUCCUGGACCAUCUUCGCAUGGUGCCAAGGACAAUAAGUGGCUUGGAAGCCGAAAACAGACAACUGAGGGAAAAAAUGGAUCAACUUCGCAGUGAUCUUCUUGGGGCGCGUCUAGAAGCUGAAAGUAUGGCACAGAAAGUGAAGAAUGCCCAGAAACAGGUAGUGCGUUAUGGAGAACGCGUCAAUAAACUAGAGGAGAAGCUGACGGGUGGGUUUGUUGAUCAAGUGCACGCCCACGAGGAAAGAUUGAAGACGAUGGAGGGAUCUGGCCGAGUUGGUGGAAACAGAGGGGAAGAAAGUGACAGCCGAAGUACAGCGAUUCUUGAACUCCGCGUUAAUGAACUUGAUGACAGGUUGAAACAAUCCCAGAGCAUCAGUUACGACGGCACGUUAAUCUGGAAGAUCGAUGACUACAACAACCGAAAACAGGAAGCCAAGGAAGGAAGGAACUUGUCCUUGUACAGCCAGCCCUUCUAUACCAGUCGCUACGGAUACAAGAUGAGGGCGAGGGCGUACCUCAAUGGUGACGGUGCUGGCAAGCACAACAAUCUAUCCUUGUUCUUCGUGAUCAUGCGCGGAGAGUUUGAUGCACUUCUUGAAUGGCCAUUCAAACAGAAGGUGACCUUGAUGCUCUUGGACCAGAAGGAAAACGCGUUUCAUCUUUCUGACACAUUUCGACCAGAUGUCAAUAGCACCAGUUUUUCGAGGCCGACAACGGAUAUGAACAUCGCAUCUGGAUGCCCGAAGUUUGCUGCACACGAAGUAGUAGAGAGUGGUAAUGUUUAUCUCAGAGAUGACUGCAUAUUUGUGAAGGUGGUGGUGGACACUAGCUACCUGAAGCAACCCUAACUUUCAGUGGAGACAUGUGCCCAAUUUCCUACUGGUCUCUCAAAUGUAUGGGUUUGCCACUGUUACUGUUGUGUUCGAUACCUUGACGUGGUGUAACAGCUUGCGCACUUCAAUGACCCUGAUGGCAAUGCUGGCUGGAUCAUUUACUCUUGACAGGUCCAACCAUGCCAGAUUAGCUGAAGGUGAGAAGUCAGACUAAAAUUGGACUCUGGUGGGGGAGGGGAAGUUUUGGCAUGGAGCGGGCAUAUUUGUGAACAUUGACAUAUUGCUACAGAAACUUCAAAUCAGGGUUGGGACUGAUCAUUCAUGAUUUUUGCACUGUCGGCGACACACAAGGCCUUAUGGCAGUAACAAACAACACUCGGUAUUCAAACUCAUACAUUUGUGUUUAGAGACCAGUUGGAUAGUAAGCCCUUUGAUGUGCAUGAUGUUGUAACCGUCUCUCUUGUGAUAAGUGAGUCAUUUUUGUGUCCUGCAAUUUUCACUCUGCCUCCCACUUAUGGCGCUUUAUGACUCUGAAAUGAUCAGAGUUGUUCCAAUGACUCAGGCCGACAGUAGUUGUGCACUUUCGUUGCAGGCCUUGCUUCUCAAGGAUGUUUGUAUGAAAACUGUCAUUGUGUACUCAGAUUUCGGCAACACAUGGAGCACCUCUGAGUGUGUUCGUUCAUAACAGAGAUGUCUUGUUUCAGAGCGGCAGUGUCAACGUCUUUAUAAGAUCUUACUCGUACUCGCAAGGGCUUUGAUUUUGAAUGAUAUGACCAAAUGAUGAGUGGAUGAUCAGUUUCAGGUUUGUUUGAUGCUUCAAGGAAAUUCUCAUCACUCGGCACUGUGAGUUAAGACAAUGGGCACUGUCUCCGAGAGCACGAGAAAUGUCAGUUGUUCAUAAAAAGACGCACUGAUGACCAAGCUUGUAUAUUAUUUCAGAAAAUGUAAUGUAAUAAACCUGAAUAACAUGUCAUUGGACCCAUGUUCAAACUAGAGAUGAUUAGAUUAGAAAUGAUUAGAUUAUGGUUGUUUCCUUGACCAAAUUCCAUAUUUAAAAACAUAACAGAUGAUGAUCGAGUGAUGAACGAGCCAAGUGUUGCUAUGGUGUUAGUGCUGUCUGAUUCUUCUGAUCUAAUAUCAGUUCUUUGAAUGCUUGCUUAUUAUAGAUUGCUGGCAAAUAAUUAUUGAGUCGAACAAAGUAUGACCAAAAGAAGUGAAUGAAGAGUCAAGGUGUGUUGAUUCAUGUGACAGAAAACACAUCGCAGAACUCUGUUUUGUUUCACUUCAGAUUAGAUUUGGGCCAUCUUUAUUAUUGUGAUAGGAUUGGUAACUGCUAAGCUGAUAUACUUGCUAUCACCCUGGCCAGGGUUGUACAAAAGCACAAAAUUCUCUUAGUCCUAAAUGAUUACGUUUUAGUAUCCAUAACGCAGUUGUUUCUUUCAGUUAAUCCCAUUGAAACGACCCUGCCCAGAAAUGACAAACAUGUCCUGAUUCACUGAAAUGAAAUCAAGCAGACACUGAACAGAGGUGUUCAUACGUCUUUGAAUCAAUACGCUGAGAACGCUCCAUUCCUGCACGACAUAUUUCACAUGUUGUAAUUAGCAUUGUCUUUAUAUUUUACAUCCUGAUCAGGUGGUUCGUUUUCUCUUACUGAUUAGAUGAUUCAUUACGUACUUUGAAUUCAGAAAAUAUUCAUGUAGUAACUUUGAAAUCUUGUUUCAUACAUCCUGACGUCAUUGUAUAAUCCCAAAAUGUAUAAAUCGCUUGUGUAACGCAUAUCGAAUAGCCAGGAGUAAUAGGUCAGGUUUAUUCAGGUUCUAAUAUACAACAUAAAAAAUGCCGGGAAUUAUUAUUUAGUUGAUCAUAAAA